CUAUUUUCCCUUCUCUCUUCCUGCAAAGCAAAGUUGCAAUGAAUUUCAAAUUUUUUAUGAUCCACUGCUUGCCAAAUUGUAAGGUUGUGUGUUGUACUGGCGUAAUUUAAUUUGGUGCGUGCCAUGAAAGUACAUUUUGCUUAUCUUGGGACCCGUCUGGACAUGAGAUCGCGUUCAACAUUGCUUACAGGACGGGAGGAUGAGUUGCGAUCGAUGAGCAAACUGCAACUCUAGUGAUUAUGAAUUGCAGAAAAUGGACGAGGAAUAUUCUGAUUGCCGAACGUGCACCAUGCAGUUGAAGAUCUCGAACAUGGAGUCGGUGUUCAGGUCUUCAAAAUUAGCUGAAAUGUACAGGACGGUGUUCGCCGUGAGCGUGGUGCCGGACAAACGUCUGCCUGAGUUCAUCUGCGUACCUUGCCUGACCCAAAUGAAUGUUGCAUAUGAAUUCAUCUCCAAGGCGUUGAAAGUGCAACAGACGUACUUGAGUGAAGCUCAGCCGAAGGAAGAUAAGAAUGCAGCAGAAGUGCCAGAAAAUAUUUUAGCCGACGACAAAUCUUCCAAAGACUCGGAGCCGGCUACUUCCCCCGCGCCGAGACCACAGCUGAAACUGAAGCCGCUGUCGGCGCUGAUGAAACCAAGCACCCAGAACUCUGUGCAGACUAAUCCGCUCGUUAAGGACAUGAGCUACAUGUUUUGCGCAAAGUGCAAUACCAGGUUUUUAUCCAACACCAUUGCAUUUCGGCAGCAUACGAAGCUAUGCGGACAGAGUGCCAAACCCAACCAGCUGUUUGUCAAGUUUCACAGCAAUGGGGUAGAGAAGCACAUUCUAAUCAAUCAGAACAGGGCGUUACCGAUGCCAAAAACCUUGUCAAGUACCGUGAGGUUGGUGUCUGGGAGGUCGCCUUUCGCCACACCGAAACAGAGUUCUCAGCAGCAGACAGCAUCCUCAACCGCAGCUCCACUCCAGAUGUGCUACCCCGACCCAAACUCACCCUCAGCUUCCACCAUGCAGAGUCCGCCCAUCCAAUCAGUGCCUUCACCCUCCCCGAUAGCCACCUCUGCUGUUUUCUCCUCUGCUCCCAGCUCCUCAACCUCUCACACCACCACUUCUUACCUCUUGACUCCCAACACCUCGAGUGCAGCUGCUCCCCUCCUCGUUACUCCAUCGGUCGUCGCACCCACCAUACCCUGCCCCCCGGCCCCCCAGCCAUCAACACUGGUAUGGACACCUACCCCAUCAGCUACCCCCCGUGUGCCAGUUUCGGUGGUUAGUCCUCUCCGUGCCCCGGCGGUCGCCGCAUCAAUUUCCACCGUCCGACCACCUUCCGCCACCGUCCCCUCUCAAGCCCCUCCGGCCAAUAUGAACGACCAGACACUGCCCCAGUCAACGUCCUUGGUGCAGCAGAGGUGGUCUGUCACCCACUCGCCCAUCGCUUCCCCUUCUAAUGAUUCCUCUACCCCGCCACCUGCUCCUCAAGAUUCCCCCUCGCCACCUCUACCUGAUCCUCAAGGUCCUUCCUCUUCUCCUCCACCUGUUAUUCAAGAUGUCCGCUCUCUUCAGUUGGAUGAGGACGAGGUUGAGGUGCUCAGAGAAGUGCACCGGAUAGAUGAGGACGAGAUUGAGGUGCUCAGCGAUGUGCUCCCGUCGCGCCAGGCGAUGAAACGGAACGCAAACGGCAACUUCGUAAGCAACGCGGUGAACGUGCUCGCGCUGCGUUCUCUCUGGGUCAACCCCGACCUGACGCACUGCAGCCUGUUUGAGAAAAGACUGAAGACGGAGAGCCUGCUGCGAAGUGCCAUGAAUCUCCUGUGCGAAUGCUCUGAGUGCCGGAUUGUUUUUCUCAGUGAGACCGAGUACCUCGACCACUUUGUCUACAACGACGAACUGAAGUCUUACGUGCACUCAGCGUGGGCCUGCCGCGCCUGCAAGGCCAACUUCAGUUCGAAGCAGCUACUCGAGGAGCACUACCUGAUCGGGCUGCACGGCAAUUUGCGCAAUCAGUACACGUGCAGCUUGUGCCCCAUUUUCACCAACUUCAACACAUGCGUGAUGCGUCACGUACUCAAGAUCCACUCGCACUGUCCGCACUGCUACACCAAUCUGCAGUUGGCCCGUAGCGUCGCUCUGCGGGCCGGCCAAGGGCCCCUGAGGACGAGGAACUGCCUGAAUUGCGGCCUGCUCACCAACCGCAGCUCCGAGGUCGCCCUCAUGAAGGUGUUCGAGGUGCCGCAGCGUGAAAAACGGAUAAUUUGCAACUGCUGCUGCUUGGCGUUCACUACCACCGAGGAACUGAUCUCUCACUUUGGCAAGGAACACCCUAACAUCGAGGUAGAUGGCUUGCUGCACUGCGUCGUGGCCUGCGGCAAAAAAGUCUGCGCCGAGACAGACUUGUACAAGAAGCGAGAGGCCGGCCUCUUGAACAAGAUCAAACUCGAGCCAGAAGACGAAGUGGAAAAACUAGAAAUCGAUUCAAAAGUCAAAUGGUACUGUUGUUCCUCGUGCCCCGCUAAAUUUGCAGUAUUCUUGGAACUCUUAAAACACGUCACUGUGAGGCACUCCUCUCCAUUUUACAGCUGCAGAUGCAACAGGAAUUUUAUUGACCUAAUUGACUCUCAAAGACAUGACUGCACAAAAAAUGAUGGUUUACAAUUGAAACUCGUCAAACUGGAGGACCAAUCUCGCUGAAUACAAACAUAGUGAUUGUAAAAUACGUAUGUUUCAUUUUAUACAGACUUUUGUCUUUCGCUGUCCUCAGUGCCAACUAUUCUCGAAUUAUUUUAGUUCCAGUCUCAUCAGCACAUUGAUGUAUAUGACACAGUGCCCAAUUAGGGUGAAAUACACAAAUA